AUGACAGCUCAUCCUGCAGGGGAAAAUUACCGUGACAGUUGGAGUACCCCAAAACUACAAUCAGUCAAUAAACCUCGAAAUUUUGACUCUUCACGUAUAUUUGGACAGAUUAGUUUAAAUCUGUACAAUAUCUCCAUCGAGGGAUUUGACGUGCCCAUGACGGUUGAUGACUGGCAAAGUUUCGUCCUCUACAGAACUGGUGAUUUUCCUGGAUACAACAGUCACAUUAAGAAAACACAUUCAUUAAAAAAUCACGGCGUUACUGUUUGUUCAUCAUACCGAGAACAGAUACAAAUAACAAAUACUCCGGUGAGCACGGUGAGGAGAAAUUACUUGAACAAUAGUUCUGAAAUGAAUAUAGAAGAUUGCAAUGUGAACAGUUUAGAUUAUGCAGAAGUUAAAUAA